UUAUAACUCACUCUGGUCUCAGUUUUUCGCGAUGAGUAAAAUACUUCUGGCGCAACUGCUCUUCACAUUAUACCUUUCAGAUGUCUUGAUACCUGUGGCAGUUGCAACUUUGCAGGAAAAUGGUUGCGAAAAAAAUGAUCGCAAAAAGCCUCAUAUUAUCAUCAUCCUCGCAGACGACCUGGGCUGGAACGACGUCAGCUUUCAUGGUUCUAAUCAAAUUCCGACACCGAAUAUCGACGCUCUCGCGUAUAAUGGAGUUAUUCUGAAUCGUCAUUAUGUACUACCAAUUUGCACGCCAAGUAGAGCAGCCUUGAUGACUGGGAAAUAUCCAAUUCACACGGGCAUGCAACACGCAGCUUUAGAUCCGUCAGAACCACGUGGACUUCCACUAAAUGAGACAAUAUUGCCACAAUUUUUGAAAGAAGCGAAUUAUGCAACAUAUAUAGUGGGUAAAUGGCACAUAGGUUACUACAAACACGAAUAUACACCGUGUUUUCGCGGUUUUGAUACGUGUUUUGUUUGUUGGAAUGGUUUCCAAGAUUAUUUUAGUCACGACACAGCGGAGCUAAAUACACCGAAUAAGGGCAUAGACAUGAGGCGGAAUAUGACGAUCUCGUGGGACACAAGGGGCAAAUAUGUAACGGAUCUCUACACCGAGGAAGCAAUACACUUAAUUAAUAAUCACAAUAUAGAUGAUCCAAUGUUCUUAUAUCUGUCUUAUACUGCUCCUCACAGCGCAGGUGUGGAGCACUCAUUACAAGCUCCUCCCGAAGAGAUCGAAAAAUUCACCUACAUCAACGAUAAAAAGAGAAGAAUUUACGCUGCCAUGGUUUCUAAAUUAGACCAGGGGGUCGGCAAUGUUAUAGAAGCCUUGAAAAAUCGCAGUAUGUUGGAGAACAGCAUUAUUGUCUUCAUGAGUGAUAAUGGUGCUCCCACCAAUGGUUUUCUUGCUAAUCACGGCAGUAAUUAUCCUUUUCGUGGAAUAAAAGACACUGCUUGGGAAGGCGCUGUACGAGGAGUAGCUGCAGUUUGGAGCCCUUUAGUCAAGAAUUCCAAGCGAGUCUCUAAUGACUUAAUGCACAUAACCGACUUGUCCCCUACUUUGUUAACCGUCGCUGGCGUGAAGGAAAUUAAUGGUAAAGAUGGCAAGAACAUGUGGGAGACAAUCAAAUACGGCAAGCUCAAUCCGAGAAACGAGGUGUUGAUAAACAUCAACGAUAUAUUUCAUUAUGAGGCCAUUAUAAAUGUUACAGACGAGAAUGUUAUGUACAAGUACGUGCGCGGUCAGGCCCCGCUGACUUCUAAUUGGGUGGGAGAUAGCGGAAGAAACCCUUCUGAGAAACAACCACCGUAUUUGCCUGCGACCGUUUUGGAUAGCAAAGCAGGAGCUGCUAUCGCUACAGUGACAACUAGUAAUAAUAAGUCUGCACUCAUUGCACAGGAUAUCCUGCGGUUAAGACAAGAGGCAACAGUCCAUUGUAACGUUAUGAAAGAGAACAAGGCUCGAAACUGCACAUGGUCAAAGCCAUGUCUCUUCGACCUAAAGAGAGAUCCUUGCGAAAAGAUAAACAUAAUUGAACAGGAACCCAAUGUCGCAAAGAACUUACAGGAAGCUCUGAAUAAGUACAGAUCAAAGAUGCUACCGCCGAACAACAAGUUCAAAGAUUGGGAAGCAAGUCCGUUUUGGUGGAACCGCACGUGGGUUUGCUGGCAAGACCCCAAUCAACAACAUGAAUUCAUCAACAUAUUUUUUACUUUUCUUUAUUAUUUCGUACCUACUGUAGCUUAUUUCUUGUCCUUGUCCUUCUAAAGGGCUUUUUGAUAAUAUCUUAUAUUAAUUUUUUAUAUUUAUCUUAUGAUUAUAUCUUAUGUUUUAUUUUAUUAUAUCGUAUUCCUAUUAUAUCUUAUUACUUAUUAUCUUCUCUUUUCUUUGCCUGAUUAUAAACUAUAAAAUGUCAUACAUUCAACUAAUUGUUGAGAUGUUAAUGACAUCGACUUCGUACUGUCAGCUUCUCUUACCUUUAUUUAAAUCGCGGAGAAUAAUACAAGAGAGCGAUAUAAAUGUUUAUACCACCAUAUAAAUAACGAAGUGGUUGGAAAUGUACAUUUGUCUGGCAAUUCUAAAUUCGUAAUUUUAUUGGAAAUUAUUGUAUCGAGAUGUAAUUUUAAGUACUAUGUAAAAUGUACGAUAAUUGUAAAAUAUUACGUAAGAUAAUUUAGAAUGAUAAAACUUGAAUAAAUCUUUCGUCUCGGAUUUUUUUUUUUUUAUUCAU